AUGGCUUUGGAUUUUAUUCCCCCUAACUCUAAAGAUUCUGUAAUUUUUGAAGAAGAGGAAUGGAAAGAAGGAGAAUCCAUAUGGAAAUUAUCUCUCAUUGGUCAGGUAUUAGGGAUUAAUGCCAAAUUUAAGGAUAUGGAAAAUUUCAUCAAGAAAGCUUGGUCUCCCCUGGCUAAUCCAGAAAUUCUUCUUCUUAAGUCAGGACUUUUCCUGUUCAGAUUUAAUUCCAAGGAAGAAAUGAAUGAUAUUAUGGAAAAUGGCCCUUGGUUCUUUGGAUCAAGACCAAUUCUCCUUAAAUACUGGACAAUCGAAGAAGAAAUAGAAAAGAGUUUUGAAAAUAACUAUCCCAUAUGGAUUCAGCUGCCAGGAUUAAGGUUGAACUUGUGGAAUGCUAAGUGUUUGAGCAAAAUAGCAAGUGUAAUCGGUAAACCAAUAGCCACAGAUAAGCUCACUGCCAAUAGACAGAGGCUAUCAUAUGCUAGGGUGCUUGUGGAAGUGAAAAUGCCUUCAACAUUGCCAGAUCAUAUUUCGAUACAAGGGCCGAAUGGCAAGAUGAUUAAUCAAAGAGUGCAUUAUGAAUGGAAGCCUAAAUGGUGUGAUUAUUGUAAACAAUUGGGACAUGAUGCUAAGUCUUGUAGAAAACAGGUCAGAACUCAGAAAUGGGUUCCAAAAAAUCCUGGAACAAAGGAAAAUGUUCAGGGGGACCUAAAUACUUUGGCAAAUGCAGGCUCUAAAAAUCCUGUGAAUACUGUUUUCAUGAAGUCUGUUCAUGAUAAGGACCAUAUCUCUAAGGGGUCAAACCAAUCUGAGUUGAAGCAAUCUGAAAAGAUUCCUGUGAAUACUCAAAAUGUGCCCAAUGUGCACAUAGCUGGGAAAUGUUCUGAAUAUAUUGAUAAUCAAAUGCAAGAAGGUCAAAUAGAGAUAGAAGGAUUAUCUUUAUUCUCAAUUGAAGGAAAUCCUGUUCAUGUUGUGCAUAGUUCACAGACUAAAAAACAUGUGCAUGUUGUGCAUGUUUCAGGAGCUAACACUGAAAAAAGAGAAGAAGUACAUCCUGAGGUUUCAUGGACACAAAUACAAAAGGGAAGGAAUAAUAGCAGUCUCAUCUCUAGUAACUCUUUCUCUUCUUUGGCAGCAAAAAUAAGUGAUUUGGAUCCCUCCACAUUGGACAGAGGGAGUAAAGCUAGAUUGAAAUGA